AUGGCGCGCCAGUUGCUUGGACCUCUCGGCUUUGUCCUUCUCAAUGCCUUCGCAACUGGAGAACCUCUAGUUUCCAAACCUGGGGAGAGCGCUAGAAUCCCAACUUGGGACAUUCAGUCGUCUUCAGACGUCCCUCUAGACCUUGCACAGCUCUCAAAACCGGGGGCAGACACUGCCGCGUGGCACCACAUCCCGACUCCGCGAUGCACCCUCAUGGGCUGUCUCCUCGCAGAAGGUGUCUACUCGGACGAAACCCUCUGGUUCUCUGACAAUCUGCGCGACUUUAAUUGGGGACAAUUCACAACGCACGGCAUCACUUCUCGAGCCGACAUCUACUUGAAUGGCGAGCUUGUCGUUGAUAAGAAAGAUCAGAGCGGCGCAUAUUCAGGGCAAGAGUACGACGUGACUGGGUGGGUUAGCGAGGAGAAUGGCCUACUCAUCCAAGCGUAUCCCACCAAUUACUAUACGGAUUUGGCCCUCGGUUUCAUCGACUGGAACCCCAUACCUCCGGAUAAUGGGACCGGCGUGUGGCGAGAUGUGUUCGUGAGACAGACUGGACCAGUCGCUCUUGGAACGCUGAGCGCACUGGUGGACAUUUCACCAGGAAAGGUGAUUCUCCGCACAACCGCCAGAAACUUGGAGACCAGAGAGAUCAAGGUUAGAGCAAAGGCUGUUAUCAAUGAGCCUGAUGGUGGGCCCGCAACCACUCUGAACCAGACCAUCACCCUGAAACCCGGUCAGUCCAGGGACCUCGAAUUUGAGACAGAAUUCGACAAUCCGAAGCUAUGGUGGCCGCAGCAAUGGGGCCCCCAGCCGCUGUACAGCGCUCGAGUGUCGGUGUCUUCCAAUUGCGAGGUCUCCGAUCGCGUGGAGCGCUCCUUUGGACUUCGUACCGUCACUUCGGAGCUCAACGAAAACGGCGAUAUUAUGUUUCGUGUCAAUGGCGAGCCUUUCCAAGUCAUGGGCAGCGGAUAUAGCGCGGACAUGUUCCUACGAUUCGAUGCCGGACGGUUCGAGAACAUUGCCAAGUACAUGUUGGACAUGGGCCUGAACACGAUUCGUCUUGAAGGCAAAAACGAGCAUCCUGAGCUGUAUGAGAUUACCGACCGACUCGGACUCAUGGUUAUGGCUGGCUGGGAGUGCUGCAAUAAGUGGGAAUCCUGGGAGUACAACCCCGACCUUGCGGUCGACUCACCCGACUACUGGGAUGAGCAAGACUACGAUGACGCCAAUGCAACGAUCCGACAUGAGACAUCGAUGAUGCAAAAUCACCCUAGCAUGAAGAUGAGUGGUCCCUAUGACUGGGUGCCGCCCAACUACUGGUACGAUGUGACGCCAGUUGAAGAUCGCUACGGUGCCGCCUUUGGAUUUGGAUCCGAGCUGGGUGCUGGUGUAGGCACGCCCGAGAUCAGCAGCUUGAAGAAGUUCCUGACUGAGGAAGACAUGAAGGAUCUCUGGACUAAACCAGAUAAAGGGCUGUACCACAUGUCGACCAACGUGUCCCAGUUCUAUGACCGCAAAAUCUACAACGACGGUCUCUACGCGCGCUACGGCAAACCCACGAGCCUGGAAGAUUACAUCCUCAAGUGCCAGGUGACAGACUACGAAGCGAGCCGGGCUGAGUACGAAGCUUUCGCGGCGCGUUGGGGCGCGGACGAUCACCCAGCCACCGGAAUGAUUUAUUGGAUGUUGGUCAACGCGUGGCCAAGUCUUCAUUGGAAUCAGUUUGACUAUUAUCUGCAUCCUGCGGGCACCUACUUUGGCACCAAAACUGGUGCCCGUGUUGAGCAUGCUGUUUUUGAUUACCAGAGUCGGAGUGUGUGGCUCGUCAACCGAUCGCUGGGGAAGAAAGGGAAGAGAAGUGUCGUUGUCGAUGUUGUGGAUUUGAAGGGCAAGAACAUCUCGAGCGAGACUUUUGCCGUCACGACGGAUCCGAAUACAGGGGCACAGAUUGACCAAAUACCAGCGCUAGAGGAUCGGGAUGAUGUCGUCUUUGUCAGACUGAUGUUGCGGGACGACGAUAAUGACGGGGCGGUCCUCAGCCGGAAUGUAUACUGGAUCGCGCCCUCGCUCGACGAGCUGGACUGGGCGGAAUCGACUUGGUAUCACACGCCUGUCACCAAAUACGCAGACUACCAGUCUCUCUUUGCAAUGGACGAGGUUACUCUGGAAGUCUCAACGGAUCAGAAGGAUGGAACGUGGAGCGUGACUUUGGAGAAUACCUCCGGUGUACCAGCCUUCUUCGUCCGGCUCAAUUUGCUGGAUGAACAAGGCGAAGACGUGAAUCCAGUGUUUUGGUCCGAUAACUAUGUCACACUAUGGCCUCGGGAGUCUAUGGUACUCGAGGUCGAGGGUGAUGGGGGCAAGCGUGUGAAAGUGGACGGAGGAAAUGUGAAGGUGAAGGAGCUGACGCUCUGA